AGCCAGAGUCCCGGCAGGCAGGCGAGCAGAGACGAGGACGAGGACCAGGAGAGCAGUUAUUAUCCGUGACAGGAGCCAUGGUGAAGAUCAGCUUCCAGGCCGUGGCGGGGCAGAAGCUGGAGAAGGAUGGAGACAAGACGGAGAUCCUGAUCCCCCACUCGCUGGAUGAAGAGGAGUUGGUUCUGCCACUGCGGCCCAAGAAAUCUCCCCUUAAUGGCCUGUGCUGCCUGACAUUUGGCCUGGUGGUCUUCAUGGCUGGUCUGGUCAUGGCCUCCAUCUAUGUCUACCGCUACUACUUCAUACCUCAUAUCCCAGAGGAGAAUCUGUUCCACUGCAGGGUGCUUUAUGAAGACUCUGUGUAUGCCCCGCUGCGUGGGCGCCAGGAGCUUGAGGAAAAUGUUGGCAUCUACCUGGCUGAUAACUACGAGAAGAUCACCGUACCUGUACCUCACUUUGGAGGCAGUGACCCAGCUGACAUUAUCCACGACUUUUACAGGGGCCUGACUGCCUAUCAUGACAUUGCUCUGAACAAGUGCUACGUGAUUGAGCUCAAUACCACCAUUGUGAUGCCUCCGCGCAACCUCUGGGAGCUUCUUAUCAAUGUCAAGAAGGGAACGUACCUGCCUCAGACUUACAUCAUCCACGAAGAGAUGGUGGUGACGGGCAAAGUGCACAACAUGCAUCAGCUGGGACCUUUCAUCUACCGGCUCUGCAACGGGAAGGACACGUACCGCCUCAGCCGCCGCAUCGCCCGCAGACGCAUCAACAAGCGAGAGGCGAAGGACUGCCACCACAUCCGCCACUUUGAGAAUACAUUUGUGGUGGAGACGGUUAUCUGCGACGAAGCGUGAACACAAUGGUGUGAGCGCCCCCACCGACUAGCACAUCUCCAGUCACCUCCCCAGCCACUGUAGCACUCUCCUGUAGAUGUGAUCAUGUCUGAAUUGCACUUUAUCGUGAUUUUGAUUUCCCUUUGUAAAAGAUUUUUCUCUUAUUGCGGUUCCCCUUAUUGCCACCGUGUUUUUGUUCUAUGUUCCGUCGGUGGUAUUUACCCCAAAGUGUGACACAAUACAACGUUGUUGGUUCAGUCACAGGAUUUUCCAUGUAGCAAAUCCUUAAGCCAAUAAUAAAGCAUCAUUUCAAGACCUGUCCUCUUCGGGGAUUUGUAUGAAGGUUACUGUCUCCAUGUGUUGUCAAGGUGACCGUUUGUUGUUUCUUUUUCCGCAGUCCUUGAGGUUACUUUGUACUAACAGUUAUCUGUGCUCAGUGGAGGUCUUGUUUCUUUAUGGAUUUACUGCACACGCAGUAUGUUUUGUCUAUUGUGCAAUGUAACUGUAUAGCUGCCGAUGACUAGUUGCCUGCUUGCAUCAUCUCUUGCUUGCAUCAUCUUUUGCCUCCUUGUUCCUCUCUUUUGUGAUCUUAUCAAAACACUACCACGAUGUAGAAGUGAAGGCUGCUUCCAGUCUUCAGAUUCCUUUUAAUUUAAAUCAUUUUCCAUCUCUGAACCAUUUCAAGACCAUUAUGUUUCAGAUGCUCUCAUUUGUUGACCCCCAACCCCCCUGCCACCCCCCACUACAUAUAUAAAACAUUUUACAAACGUGUUUGCCUUUGCAUGUGUUCAUCGAUGAGAGUGACGCGGCACUCUUAGAAUGUUUUGUAAAACGUUUAAAGCCUUAGUCCAGAGUCAGAAAUUGGACUAAAGUCAAUACAUUUAAAAAGGGAGCAUAUUAUUGACAUGUUAAAAAUGUAGAACAAAUCAACUUUUAUCUGUAUAUUUUGCCUGUCUGUGAAUAAAGUAAGGAAAAAAAAUAAAGGCUGAAUUG